CGCUGUUGAGGGUGAGGGAUUCCAAAUUUUUUUCCGUGUGUGUCUAUAUAAAAAAAUUCGGGGGAGCAUAAUAACGGCCGCGCGAAAGAAUUGAUGGGAGAUUUCUUUCUUAUAUAACCAUCAUCGGGGAAGCUUCUAUUCCGAGAUCCCUUGCCCUGUCCCUUGUCCCAUUCCGUGCUUCCAAAGUUCCAUUUCUCCCCCUCCUCCGGCCUAGUCGGCGCCUCGCUGACAUGUGGGCCCCACCCGCGGCGUCGCCGACAGGGGCAUUCCCCUCGCUCCGGCCGUCGAGGACGGCGGUGGUCCGCGUCCUAGUCACGCUGCCUGCCGCUGCGCGGCCGCAGGAUCAGCCGCGGCGGCGGCUCUGUCUCGCGGUACCACGGCCCGCUCCGGAGAUGGCCUCUGCGGCUGCUGAAGGGGAGGGGGAGGAGGAGGACGUGGUGGUGGUGGAAGGGGACACGGGGAAGAAGACGGCGGUGGAGAUGGACGCGACGGUGAGGCGGGAGCUGGCGAUCCGGAGACUGCGAGAGGAGGCCGAGGAGGAGGCGAACGAGGCGGGGACGAGGAGGAGGAGCAGCAGAAGGGAUUUCGCCGUGUUCGAGACCGCCAGGGGCGACGCGCUCUUCACGCAAUCGUGGACUCCGGCCGCCGACGAUCGCCUCAAGGGCGUUGUUAUACUGUUGCAUGGUCUAAAUGAGCAUAGUGGAAGGUACAGCCAUUUCGCAAAACUGUUGAAUGAUCAAGGGCUUAAAGUUUAUGCCAUGGACUGGAUUGGACAUGGUGGAAGUGAUGGAGUUCAUGGAUAUGUUUCGUCACUUGAUCAUGCUGUUGGUGACUUGAAAGAAUUUCUGGAGGAUGUUGUAUUGGAGGAAAACCAUGGUUUGCCGUGCUUCUUAUUUGGGCACUCCACAGGUGGAGCUAUUGUUUUGAAGGCCGCGCUGGAUCCUUCUGUAGAACUUCAUGUAGAAGGUGUGGUCUUAACGUCGCCAGCUAUUCAUGUUCAACCAUCUCAUCCAAUCAUCAAAGUUGUUGCACCAAUAUUCUCCAUGUUAGCUCCAAAAUACCGUGUCAGUGCUUUGCAUAAGAGAGGACCUCCUGUUUCCCGCGAUCCAGAGGCUCUGAAGAUGAAAUAUUCAGAUCCCCUGGUGUAUACUGGACCAAUUAGAGUCAGAACUGGCAAUGAAAUCCUCCGGAUAUCAUCAUUUCUGCAAAGAAACUUGAGCAGAGUUACUGUCCCUUUUCUUGUUCUACAUGGUACAGCUGACACAAUAACUGAUCCAAGAGCAUCCGAGCGAUUAUACCAAACAUCAAUGUCAACAAAUAAAUCAAUAAAAUUAUAUGAUGGGUAUUUACAUGAUCUCCUCUUUGAACCUGAAAGGGAUGAUAUCGCAAAUGAUAUCAUCAAUUGGUUGAGCGCAAGACUUAGUGUUCUUCAGAGAUGGUGAGCUGAAUCAAGUAUGAACUACAAGGUGCUUCCCCUUAUGUAGUUACCGGCGGUUUUACUGGAACUGUAUACAUGGCAUAGAGUGCAGAAUAGUGUAAAUGUAAACUAGGAUGUUAUCAUUAUGUCUUCACGGUCACGGUCAUUUCUUGUCUUCAGCUCUGCUGUAUAAGUUUGGGAAGAGCCUACAUGAGAUGUAAAUAAUAUUAGAGUUAAGCUGAAAAUAAUGUAUCUCCUAAUACACAGGUAGUUCAGUGUCACUUUUUUUUUAAAAGGACUUGGUUCGCAUCUUUUUCUGAA